AUGCCUAAAUAUCGUCUGCAAAGCGAAACCAUGAGCGAAACGUGAGCUAAACUAAACAAACAGAAACAAACAAACAAGUGGUUUUGUUUUCUGAACCCUGAAAGGGUAGGUGUUUCUUAACAUGUGGGUUGUUGUUAGAUUUGUUCAUUUCUAUAUGAAUGUGAAUUUAUUACAUAAAUCUGUUUAGUUGCACACACACACACCUGAAAUUUAAAGUAAUUGUACUUUAUUGUGUAUCCAAUUGAUUUUUAUAAUGUAAUAUUAAAAUAAAGGAAUUUGUGUUGUUUGUGAUGCAAACAUUUGAUUUUGAAGACAUGUAUUAAACUUUGAGGAACAGUGUUCGCGAGAGAAAGUCGCGCGGGAAGCGACGCCGCGGGAGGAUGGAGGAGGGCGGAGAGGGGCGGACCCUGCUGCGCUGGAAGGACUCCCCCGCGAGCGCGGCCAGCUACUUCCAGGGGCUCCGCGCGAGGCGGGAGCUGGUGGACGUGACACUGGUGGCGGGACGGGGCGGCGCGACGGCCCCCGCCCACCGCCUGCUGCUGUCGGCGAGCAGCCCCUACCUGCGGCGCCUGCUGGAGGCCAGCCCCUGCGAGCACCCGGUGCUGAUCCUGGGCGACGUGGGGCGCGCCGCGCUCUCCCUCGUGCUGGAGUACAUGUACACCGGGGAGGUGCGGGUGGCCCAGAGCCAGCUGGAGCCCUUCCUACAGGCCGCGGAGCUGCUGCAGGUGAAGGGGCUCUCCGGGGGCCAGGGCAAAACUGACGACCCAGAGGGCAGCGACGACAUCAGUGAUCCUUGUGCCGAGAUCGACCCGGAUGCUCCUGAAACUCGGCCGGAAGCGGAGGGCGACGGCAGCUGCGCGGAGCCGGCCGCGGAACGGAGGCCGAAGCGCUCGGCCCGGAAGCGCAAGAGGCCCGGGAGCACGGCCGAGCAGGGUUGCACAACCUCGGCCUCAAAGUGUGCGCGCGCGGACGCGGGUUCCAGCGAAGACGACAGUUGUUCGACCGUGCCGAAGGAAACCAUCAGUUUGGUGGACGUAGACGCGAGUUCAGACGCCGAGAACAGAACUGAAGCGGAGGCCCGCGGAGACGCGACAGAGAAUUAUAGUUACCGCAACACUACGAACAGCCAGCGUUCGGUCGACACCUCAGAUGGUCUGCAGCUGAUCCAGAGGCUGUGCGGCUACCCGCAGCUGGUGCACGACGACUGCAUCUUCAACUGCCAGCUGUACGACCGGGACUACGUGCACUGGGUGUGCCAGGACAACUACCGCUCCAACUGCCGCGCCUGCGUGGUCACCGCGCAUGACCGGGUGGUGAACACGUUCGGGGCGCGCCACAACCACCGCGCCCACGGCCAGGAGGUGGAGGACCAGAUGCUCCGGGGGAACUUCCGCGUGCAGCCGCUGCGCAGGGACAUGUUCUUGUCCGUGCGCGGCCAGGCGUCGUCCCCGCCGCCGUGGUGAGCACGCACGGAGUGCACGGCCGGGAGGCGGGGGAGAUACUAGGGGGCCGCUGCACAGGGACAUGUUCCUGUUGGUGCGCGGUGAAGUGACUCUGGCAUCCUGCAAUGGCUUACCAGCAUUUGUAAGCCCCAGUCCAGUGCAGAUCCACACGGGGAGCUUUAGCCGUUCCGUUUCUGUCUAGCAAACAGCUCUUUGUGUCUGCCCGACUUCUUCAUAUCAACGGCAGUUAAGGUUACUACUAUUAAUUCCUGCGUGGAACUUUCAAAACAUGUUAAAUGACUGAUAAUAAAUUAAGAGAGUGAGAGUGUUACACAUGGAAUUGCAUUGCAUCAGAGCCUGGAAGUGCCCACCCCUCCUCCUUGCAACUUGCCACUGGAAAAUGUUAUGUUUCCUGCACAAAUAAACUUCGAGAGACAUUUUCAAUACAAGUCUUUGUUCACAAGUUUCUGCAAUGUGUUGCACAAGCCUAUUGUAGGAGAGUUAACAUCUUGAAGAAACAAAAGUUAUAGGUAAUGUCCACGUCACAAACUGACUCUUAAUGAAAGUCGUAGAAAAGUCCUGACUGAAAUACCUAAAUAGUGACGGUACAGGAAGUCACAAAUUUUAAUUUCCAGCAUAUAUUUGCUUAUUUGAAUUUUUUUUUUGGCACCACACUUGAAUUUAUAGUCGCACAUGAAAUAUAGUCGAGGACUGUCCACUUAAGUAAUUUAUAAAUUAUGUAACUUUGUAAAGGUUUUUAGCUUUCUAACAUUAAACUCGGUAUGUUCUUACGAAUAGUAGGUGUAUUUCGUAUUGCGUUCAUUUUUUCCAUUAUAUAAAAAUAACCCUGACGUAAAAAUUCCAGCUCAAGGAAAGGCUGACUUAGUGCACUACCUACAUGGACCCCUUAAUGGGCCCACCUUGGCAGGGGUGUAUUUCUGUUGGUGAAGCAGGCAGGAUGAUAAGUGUGACACUCGCUGGUGCUUCCAGCAUAGUGUUGCCUCUGAACUGGCAGGGUCUUCUCGUGCAUAGAGGGCAGCUUUGAGAUUGAGUGGUGAAAGUAACAUUUUAUGAUGGAGAAAUGAAAAGGGUGUAAUGAAAGUCCUUCGAGUGCUUUCUAGUAUCUCUACCAAAUUUUGGCCUAAAUAUUAAAUGGAAAUUACAUCUUUUAGCCAUUUUCACUCUUCUGAAAAUACAGCUUAACAUUGAAAUCCAGAAAUUGAACAACUCAUUCAUCCUCAGCGUAUUCUUAAUUGCUUAUCGUAAACAGACCCUCAGAUGUCUUCAAGUCACGACGUUUAUUCUGAAAAUCUGCACAUUGCAUUGUGUCCAGGUGACCGUACAUAAAUGUGCAGUGAUAAACAUCUCAGUGGCAUUUCACAAGUUCAGGAAGAUCUGUAAGAGAUGGCAGGACCGUGUAACUGCAACAAGUUUGGGAUGCCAACUAGGAAGUGAUAUCCAGCCUCUGCUUGUAGUUGUGCUAGUGGACCACUAGUGCGAGCUGCUUAGCUGCAGUCUUCGAGACUGAUCUUGUAUGAUCUCCAGUUCUGAGUUGUUUGUUAUUGUGUUUUGUUUUAAUGUUUUAAUACUUGCGUUCAGAUUGUAUAAGCAUCAGUAGAAUAUGUAAUUUUUUUUCCCCAGUCUUUCUUACUACCAGGGUGCUGUGUGCUGUGAAAAAAAUUUUUACGUACAUAAUGCUGUAAAUUGGAAAACAGUAUGUGUUUCCUAUGUGCACAAAUAGCAGUAAAUCUGAAGUGAAAUUGGAAAUUACUACCUUCUAUGUAGAUGUGAGAAUCCAAGUGUCAACAUUUGUAAAUAAAUGAAAUAAAUCACUAGCAGUACAUACAGAAAUAUUACUUGAAUGUUACAAGAGCAAUGUUUAUGCAGUGUCAGUGUACGCAAUUGCACCAUUUCAAAACUGGGAAUGGUAGGUUUAAUUUUCUUUUUACAGAUCAUCAAGAUUCGAAAAACAGUAUUUUGUGGUUGUUGUUCAGGGAAACUUGUGUGUUUGUAAUAGAUCUGAUUGACACAUAUGAAAUUGUUUAUGGUUUUUAAACUUAUAAAUAUUCUUUAUUAAAAAAAUUACAUUGGUUAAGUAUUUCAUAAAACUUAAAUUUCUGCAAUUUUUCCUUAUUUAUGUACAUUUAUAAAAUCUUAUUCCCAAUUAUUAAUAUUAACAAAUUUUAAAUUCGAUUGGGAUCGAGAGUUAUCUUAUAUUUAAAAUAUUCUUUCACUCAAGAUCUUAUAAACAUAUCUCUUACUUUUGAGGUCUUAUAAUUGAGGUGAUGCUACAUUCAAAAUUCCUCUUCAAUUUAAGUUCUCCCCUAAACAUUGGAGGUCUCACUCUAAUUGAAGUCCUACACUCAAGGUUGUAUUAGUAUAUCAGAGGUCUAUCUUUAUAACUGGUUAAAUAGAAUUGUUAAUAUGUAGUUAAGAAGUGAUAGUUAAUAUGUAACCAAUUUUAGAUUACAGAAGAAUACAAUAAUUUACUCUCAACAAGUGGAAUUAGGUAAAUGAAUAUUCUUUACACACUUGAAUAUUCAUAGUGUAACCAUUGAGAAUGUUAACAUGUUAUUUACUAUGGUUAUUUUGCAGAUAUUUAUUUUUCAAUAUUAAUUACAAUUAUUGUAAUGUUUAAUACUAGUUAUCAUACAUUUAAUGUGUUAAUUAAUCCCUAUUUGCAGUUUAACUUCUCCUAGUUUGUUCAUUAUAUUUAUUUUUAUAAUUUGAUCAUUCCUUUUUGAACCAAGUAUGCACUAGACUGACAUACAUUCAUUAUGCGAUAUUGGAAUCAACACUACAUUCAUUACUUCCUCACAACGAUGGUUAUGAGAACACAUUCUACGGACUGCCUAUGCCUAUAUUAUGGUCUUGCCAGCAUCUCCACAAUAGACUUACAUUUAAAAUGUUUUCUUGGGAUCAAUACUGCCAUAUAUGCACAUGGAUCUAGGAGAAAGUAAACUGAACAAAAAAGAAAAAACUUCAGUGAUUCCCAAGUUAUUUGGACCAAAAUGUGAGGAAAUUAUUCCUUUCAAAUAACUACUAACAAACACAAGACUAAACUAACAGUUCUGGAAAUCAUGGAAACUACAUCUCAGUUAUCUUAAACAAGUUCCUAUUGGUGUUGUGGUAGACAUACCUAGGCUGGGGCAACUUGAAACAAAAUUGUGAAUUGGGAAGAUAAGCGUGAUU